GUCGGUGUCGAACGGUACGCGCGCGUGGUUGCCCUCUACUGCCAACGUCGCGUAACUCACUUAAAAAAAUAAAUAAGAAAAUUCAAAAAAUAUUUUCCAUCUACUUAAACCGCAUUAUAAGAAAUAUUUACUAUAUAUAUAAUACCCAAAAAGAAAAAAAAAACAUAAAAUCUAGAAUGGGUUUCCUCGUGCGAUUUCUGGUUGUAACCUCAUCGCUCGGUCUGGCCGUGCUCAUACAAAACUAUCGUCUCCUGUCACGCUCAUUACCGGCGCCACAGUUAGACCUCAACGAAUACUGGGGUCCUGGCAGUGCUGAGAAUUAUGUCGAAGAUACCGCUGUGAAGCCAUUCAAUAUUAAAGUCAAUACAGAGCUAAUUAGUGACCUAAAAGCGCAAUUGUCGCGGCCACUAAAACUACACGAACCACUCGAAGGUGUUGCAUUCCAAUAUGGUUUCAACUCGAAGGAACUACAAAACAUAAUCAAAUAUUGGCGCGAUACAUAUCUACGGAAAUGGGAUGAGAAUGAAGCGUUUUUGAAUAAGUUUGCCCAUUUCGAAACACAAAUUCAAGGCUUACGCAUGCAUUUUAUUCAAGUCAAGCCGAAAAACGCCGAAGGUAAAAAAGUACUACCGUUAUUAUUACUUCAUGGUUGGCCUGGUUCUGUGCGCGAACUCUACGAUAUAAUACCUUUACUCACGACUGCCAAACCGGAAAGUGAAUAUGUUUUUGAAGUAAUUGCACCGAGUUUGCCUGGAUUUGGUUGGUCGCAGGGCGCCUCGAAGGUCGGCUUUGACACUGCACGCAUAGCUGUUGUACUAAACAAUCUUAUGCAACGCCUUGGUUACGAAAAAUAUAUAGUACACGGCGGCGAUUGGGGUGCAAGGAUUGGUUCCAAUAUGGCUGCACUCUUUCCGCAGCACAUUAUCGGUUAUCAUUCGAAUUUAUGUGUUGCUCUACAUCCUCUGGCGCUAUUCUCUAAAGCAGUGCGCGCUUGGUUACCGAAUUUUUCACUUAACUUAGAGCAGCGUACAUUCUUUCGAAAUUUCAGUGAAGAGAGCGCUUAUCUGCUUGAAGAAAGCGGUUAUCUGCAUUUACAAACGACCAAACCGGACACCAUAGGCACAGCGCUUACCGAUAAUCCAAUCGGCUUGGCUGCUUAUAUACUGGAGAAGUUCUCCACAUGGACAAAUCCGUCAUUUCGAAAACUACCCGACGGUGGUCUAACGAAACAUUUCACUCUAGACGCUCUAUUGGACAAUGUUAUGAUUUAUUAUAUAACAAAUUCAAUAACAACAUCACAACGUAUCUACGCAGAGGCUUUGUCUGAGACCCAGACACAUCUGGAGCGUGUACACAUCCUUACACCGACGGGUUGUGUUCGCUUCAAGUGGGACAUAAUGCAUGCCACGGAUAACGAGUUGAAGCAUAAGUAUAAGAAUCUCGUACAGAGCACCUUCUAUAGUGAUGGUGGGCAUUUUCCGGCUAUGGAAAAACCGCAAACCCUGUACGAGGAUCUGUUGGCGUUUGUGAAGAAAGCGGCAUUGUAACUUAUUUCUGAGUUCUCUUUCUCUUUCUCUCUCUCGCUCUCGGUCAUUCUUCGUGACAUUAAUAAAGCAGUUGGUAGUUUCUUCAGAAGGGUGUUUCUAAAAGAAUGCGUGGUUUUGAUAAAUACAUUUUGGGUUUGUAUUUUUUAAGGGGCAUAUUUUAAUAGUGGAAAAAAUGAUAAAUGCAGAUGCAUACGAGUACAUAUAUGUAUACAUAUUUGCAUAUAUAUAUAAAUAAUAACGAUAUG